CCCGGCAUUGGAACCCCCUCUCAUGGCUCUGCCCUCUCCCGCCUUUUGGGUUUCCGUGGUGUAGCCGAGGGUGGCGGGCCCCAGCCGGUCGGACAGCCAGCCGCUCGGGCGCCCGGCGGAGGUGGCGGUGCUAGGGCGAGAGUAGAGCCGCGCCGCACGGGCAGCGAUCUGCCCUCUCCUCCCCCGUCCACACGAGCCCGUCAGCGAGGAAGGGCACGAGUGGCCGGGAGCGGCGGGCAGCCGAGCUGCAGCACCGGGCGCGGCAUUAGGGCAGGCAGAAACGGAAGGGGCUUAUAGACAGUGUGAAUCAUCUCCCACUCACUCCCUCGCCCACCAUUUACACCACUCGCUCGCUCCCUCCCUCCUUCUCCCCCUCCCUCCCUCCCCGCCGCUUCGGUCUCACUCGUUCUCUAUCCCCUCCUCUCCUCUCCCACUCACUCUCUCCCCUCCUCUCCUCUCCCACUCACUCUGUCCUCUCCUCCUCCUGUCUCACUCUUUUCAUUCUUUUCCCUCCUCCUCCUCCUCUCUCUCCCUUUCUAUUCCCUUUCUCGCCCCCCUCGUUCCCCUGUCUCCCUUCUCAUCUCCUCCUGACACUGCACUGCAGCUGCUCCUCCAGCCCAGUCCAGCCCGCUUCCCUCCCUCCUUUCCUUUCCCUUCCCUUCCCUCCCCCCGGGUGCCAGAUAAACAAGGCGCGCAGCAUCCUCGACAAUCCCCAGCUUAGCUCUACAUUUUCGAAAAGGACAAGAGAACGGGACGAGCCCCCUCCCCUCCUCCUCCUCCUCCCCCUUCCUCCUCCUCCUCCUCCUCCCCUCCCUGCCCCCCCUCCCCCCCCCACCACUGAAGGGAAGAGACAAUUCUCCUCCGAGCAGCAGCAAACAUGAUGGCGGCAGCUCCCAUCCAGCAGAACGGGACCCACACCGGGGUUCCCAUAGACCUGGACCCGCCGGACUCCCGGAAAAGACCGCUCGAAGCCCCCCCUGAAGCCGGCAGCACCAAGAGGACCAACACGGGCGAGGAUGGCCAAUAUUUUCUAAAGGUCCUCAUACCUAGUUAUGCUGCUGGAUCUAUAAUUGGGAAGGGAGGACAGACAAUUGUUCAGUUGCAGAAAGAGACUGGGGCCACCAUCAAGCUGUCUAAAUCCAAAGAUUUUUAUCCAGGUACUACAGAGCGGGUGUGUCUGAUCCAGGGAACAGUUGAAGCACUAAACGCAGUUCAUGGCUUCAUUGCAGAGAAGAUCCGAGAAAUGCCUCAAAAUGUGGCCAAGACAGAGCCUGUCAGCAUUCUACAGCCUCAGACCACUGUUAAUCCAGACCGCAUCAAACAAACAUUGCCAUCUUCCCCAACUACCACCAAGUCCUCUCCAUCUGAUCCCAUGACCACCUCCAGAGCCAAUCAGGUAAAGAUUAUAGUUCCCAACAGCACAGCAGGUCUGAUAAUAGGGAAGGGAGGUGCUACAGUGAAGGCUAUAAUGGAACAGUCAGGGGCUUGGGUGCAGCUUUCCCAGAAACCUGAUGGGAUCAACUUGCAAGAGAGGGUUGUCACUGUGAGUGGAGAACCUGAACAAAACCGAAAAGCUGUUGAACUUAUCAUCCAGAAGAUACAAGAGGAUCCACAGAGUGGCAGCUGUCUCAAUAUCAGUUAUGCCAAUGUCACAGGUCCAGUGGCCAAUUCCAAUCCAACCGGAUCUCCUUAUGCAAACACUGCUGAAGUGUUACCAACUGCUGCAGCUGCUGCAGGGCUAUUAGGACAUGCUAACCUUGCUGGAGUGGCAGCCUUUCCAGCAGUUUUAUCUGGCUUUACAGGCAAUGACCUGGUGGCCAUCACCUCUGCACUUAAUACAUUAGCCAGCUAUGGAUAUAAUCUCAAUACACUAGGUUUAGGCCUAAGUCAGGCAGCAGCCACGGGGGCUUUGGCUGCAGCAGCUGCCAGUGCCAACCCAGCAGCAGCAGCAGCCAAUUUGUUGGCCACCUAUGCGAGUGAAGCCUCAGCCAGUGGCAGCACUGCUGGUGGUACGGCGGGGACAUUUGCAUUAGGUAGCCUGGCUGCUGCUACUGCUGCAACCAAUGGAUAUUUUGGAGCUGCUUCUCCCCUAGCUGCCAGUGCCAUCCUAGGAACAGAAAAAUCCACAGAUGGAUCAAAAGAUGUAGUCGAAAUAGCAGUGCCAGAAAACUUAGUUGGUGCAAUACUUGGAAAAGGAGGGAAAACAUUAGUUGAAUACCAGGAGUUGACUGGUGCAAGGAUACAGAUCUCUAAAAAGGGAGAAUUCGUACCUGGCACAAGAAACCGCAAGGUAACCAUUACUGGAACACCAGCUGCAACCCAGGCCGCACAGUAUUUAAUUACACAACGGAUCACAUACGAGCAAGGAGUUCGGGCUGCCAAUCCACAGAAGGUGGGUUGAGAGCCCCCGUUAAACACGAGAUUGUUUUAACCCCUCCUUACCCUAUUUUCAAGAAGGAUGUACUGUACUUUGCAGAAGUGAAGUUUUUCUGUUAUUAAU